GUUUAAGAAUUGUAACACCUACAACACCCAGGAGGGGGAACCUAGGUGUUCACCCCCCGCAAAGAUUCAAGUACACGCACAAGGACACGCACACGCACACGCACCGUGGCACUAACCGCCCCCCAUACAGGGAUGCUGUUCCCCGUCUUUCCGCUUGGCGGCGCGCUUCGAAUGAGCUCCGGGAGCAGCCGGGGACCGAGAGGGGGGCGGGGUCUACACCUUUGAGUGGGAAUCCUCUGUUCAAAAAGCUUCCAACGUCCCGUCGCAGGAGCGUGGGGAGUGUUCACCACACAAGCCACGAGACAGACCACCGAAUCAACAGAAGCAGCGGACGAGUCGUGCAGGUGGUGCUCGUGUCGACCGGGGGGAAGCAGACCGCAGCGAGCCCGACGUCUCACCGGGGUCCGCACAGCCACAUCCAGAUGUCCGUGGAGGGUUUCUCUGCUCUGGACGAGUCCGCUCUCCGAGCCCUGCUGGAUGGAACCGUGGAUCUGGACGAGAGACGUCUUAUCCGUUCAGCCAUCCGGGAGUUGAGGAGGAGGGAGAUCGAAGACAUGGAAGCUGCUCUGGCCAGCAAGAGAUUUCGACCCACGCGCCUCAAACAGCAGGAGGACAAGGAGAACCAGCACAGUGACAACUUGGACAUACUGUCACAGAAACUCCAAUCGAUCCAGGACAUUGAUGAGCUCACGAAAAUGCUCCGUGCCGCUGGCGAAUACGAUGAGAGGAAGAUGAUAAGAGCAGCCAUCCGACAGAUCCGAGAUGAACAGCAGCAAGGGACUGUGGAAAGGGUUAAAGCUCCUGGUCGCUGCCUGGAUCCUGAGAGUGUGGAGCCCCAGAGCAGCAUGGCAACUGGAGAGCCAGAGAUUCACAGUGAACAAGAGAAUAUCAGAUCUCAGAUCCGGGAACUACACGGCCAGCAUACACAACAAAACAGAGAGUUGCAGAGAAAAGGCUCCAACUCAGGCAUGGUGUUGGUUCUUGAUCACCUGGUGAAGGAUGAUGACUCUGGGCCUCUGCUGAUCCAGCCUCAGAGAGAGGCAGUGACCACAGAGCCAGACCUGGUCCUGUCUCACCGUCAAAGGUCAGACUCCUCAGCCUCAGACCGCAGUGUGACCUCUGUGCUCUCCAGGUCCAAUCUGGAUUCUGUGGCCCCAGAGAACAGUCUGGGCUCAGCAUACAGAGCCCGACUGGACUCUGGAGCCUCAGACAGGAGCGUGGGUUCCUCCCAGCGUGUUCGGCUGGACUCUGGGGCAUCAGAGCGAAGCAUCAGUUCCCAGUCAUAUGUCAGACAGAGACUGGGCUCAGAUGUCUCCGACUCUGGCCUCCGACCCCGUUUGGGCUCCGAGGCUUCAGAUUGUGUUGGUCUUUUGACAAGGACUGACUCGAGGACAUCUGACCAGAGCGUGAGUCUGUCCUCUGAGGAGAGGGGUCCAGGGGAGGAGGUGGAGAUGAGCGGUUCAACUUGCAGCACAGAUUCAGAAAGCGAGAGCAGAAGCCAAGGUCCAACCAGCCUCCAGGCUCAGUCCUGCCAGGAUCACAAUGUUGACCAGGAGCAGCCUGAUGGGGCCAUUUUAUCUGGGAGCAGUCCUACAAAUGGGCUACACAGCGGCAGCACAAAGGAAAAAAAUAAUCUCGAGGAACAAAAGAUAACAGCUAACAGGGAUCUUCCUCUCACUCAUGACAAAGAAAAGGAUCCGGCACCUGAGAAGAAAGAUGCUAUAUUGGAACAAUUCAACAGCACCAACUCUGUACGUGAUCGAAUGCGCAAGUUCACAGAGCCCAGCCAGAGCCCAAAUGUCCCUGCUUUGAAGAAAGCUCCUCUGAGGAAUGGGACUGGCAGCAGUGGCCAGACAAACCUCUGCAGAGCUACUGAGCGGUUUACACAAACAGCAGCAUCCGUCAACACAUCUGGAGAUUCCACAUCUCACACAUCUGCCGCAUCUCAAAGUCAGGCAACACCUCAGCCAAGAGGAGGGGCUAGUAAACCUCUGUCCUCGGCUAGCCAAUCGCAGAACUCCAUGGGUGGGACGAGGCAUCCGGCUGAAAAAGAUGAGCACGCCUACAGUAACUCAAAGGAGGACAGGACCCCAGGGAGAGCAGCUGGACAGCAGGUCACCCAGGAAGAGGAAGACCCGGACAUGAAGACUUUCCUCACCAUUGAGAUCAAGGAUGGGCGCACCACCUCCUCCUCUACAUCUUCCCCGCAGGGCAACGUCGUCCCCAUCACCAACAUGACCCCGCGCAUCACCCCGAAUGCUCUGGGGCAGAGAGCAGAUUUGACCCUUGGCCUAAGAGCAACACCGUUCAAAAUCUCCUCAUCCAGCCUCUCCUCUGGAUCCUCCAUCAAGAUUGAGACGGAGCCUGCUGUGGCCUCUGAGCCGGUGUUGUCAUCUGGACAGUCUGCCCAGGUGGCGUGUCAAGUCCCAGCCAUCCCCAAUGGCUCUAGCUCCGACGAGCGCUCCGGAAAACUGACUGCCGAACAGCUGGCUGCUAUCGAGGAUGAAGAGCUCCUUGACAAAAUGCUCGAUGAGUCAAAAGACUUUGAGGAGAGGAAGAUGAUCCGUGCAGCCAUGAGAGACCUUCGCAAGAGAAAGAGAGAGGCCAUCCUGGGAUGCAGUCAAGAGGAAAUCGGUAGGGCAGAUCAGAGAGAAAAGGAGCGUGAGACCCGUCUGCAGGAGCUGCGGCAGCAAAGAGAAGAGCGUUCACAGAAAAGUCGCGCUGGGGUUGGAGCAGGAGAGGUGGUGGUGAAGAAGGUCGAGAAGUCAGCAGAUGGCUCAACCCUGAGUCAAGUCACAAAGACAAACCGCUUUGCUCAGUCUGAUGAUGGGAGCAGAUCAACACGCAGCACUGUUGUCGAGGCCAGUUAUGUGCAGAAAACAGACAGAGGGACAGUCCAGUCAAAAUCCUACAGCUUCACAUCUUCCACUUCCUCCUCCUCCUCUAACACAAGCAAAAAAGUGGGCAGUGUCUUUGACCGCGAGGAUGACUCAUCGUCUCGCAGCGGCGGCGGCGGGUUGGCCGCCGUGGAGCGAAGGCAGGCAGAGAGACGCAAGGAGCUGAUGAGGGCUCAGACUCUGCCGAAGACUUCUGCCAUGCAGGCCCGCAAAGCCAUGAUCGAGAAGCUGGAGAAGGAGGGAGGCAGCCCGGCAAACCAGGCGGUCGCCAAGGUAAACAAGGUGCAGCGUUCUACCAGCUUUGGUGUACCCAACGCAAACUCCAUCAAGCAGAUGCUGCUCGACUGGUGCCGUGCCAAGACCCGCUCGUAUGAGCAUGUGAAUAUUCAAAACUUCUCAUCCAGUUGGAGCAAUGGCAUGGCCUUUUGUGCCCUGGUGCACCACUUCUUCCCCGAGGCCUUUGACUACGACUCCCUGAGCCCCAGCAACCGCAGGCACAACUUUGAGGUGGCCUUCAACGCUGCAGAGACGUACGCCAACUGCAUGCCUUUGCUGGAAGUUGAGGACAUGAUGAUCAUGGGGAGCAAACCCGACUCCAAAUGUGUCUUCACCUACGUUCAGUCUCUGGUCAACCACCUCCGCAGACACGAGAUGAAGAUGGGUCGGCCCUGUGACCUGUGCUCAGUGAGCGCUUAGCCGCGACGUGUUGUUGUGACCCCCCGUCACCUGAUGACCGCCUCCACUCUGGGCUGGGUCAUAUAGUUUUACAUCACCAAUGGCAAAGUUGGGGAUAAUGUAUGUGUGUAUAUACGUGUAUUUGAGUGUGUUUGUGCGUGGUUUUUUUUAUUUUGGCAGAGGUGAUGUGUCAAUAUUUCGGUUCUGUGGACACGUCAUCAUCAUAAAAUCCACCUUCCUCUUGCAAGGGAUUGCUAAAGUUUUUUAUCAGACUUAUGAGACUUUUGAGUUUUAAGAUUUCAGUUUUUGUUCUCAAACAGCUUUGUAUCAGGUGAUAUUUAACAUACAGUAGCUGUGUCACUAUGCUUGUGUACUUAAAAACACCACCUAAGAAAAAAGAUAUUUUAUAUUUCAUAUUAUAUAUACAGUAUAUAUAAUAUGUAAUAUUUAUUAUGUAUUUUUUAACAUUUGCCCUUUUAAAUUAUUUAUACCUACAUGUUUCUCUGCUACACUUUUGUAAUUAUUGUAAUUUGUUGGUAAUUCCACUGAAGAAGAAAAAUAUACCCAGCCCAAUAUAUGAUGCAUUAUUUGCUUUUCAUUGUGGUACUUUUUGAUUUUUACCAAACUUUGGUUGCUUGAAGUAUUUUCAUUAUGUCUAUUAUUCUCAUGUUGAUAUAACCAAUUAGCAUAUAACUAUUUAAUGCAUGAGCACAGGCGUGUUUUCUCUUCUUCUUUGUUACCCUGUUGUUACGUUUGAGUUCAGCACUGAGUGAUUGUACCUUUCUGAACUCAAUAGUGCUACUGAGAACAUUUCAUCCCUCCUGUACUGUAUCAGCAUCAGAUUAUUCUAAAGGUAAAACUGUUUGCAGUUCAACAUGUUUGUUUUUUAUCCAGGUAGAAAGAACAGAGGAGGGGGUUGCAGGCUGAUACCAUAGAGCUGAACUCCGUCAUUACUUGAUGUUUCUAACUGCAGCAUGUGUACAAAAAACCCGAGCAUUGUUCCCAUCGCCCCCCAAAAUUGCUGCCACACAUUACCAAACACAUUCGCACACAGCUGUUUGAGGGCUCCUUAUUUAUGCUUGGGGACAUUUUUUUCAAGAUCUUUUUUUCUUCUUGUUUUUAGUGUGUACAUUAUACUUAAAACAUUUUAAGGUAAGUCAAUAAGCUUAAUUUAAGACAAUGUUUUGUGAAACAAAAUUGGUGUCACUUUGAAAACAUUCAUGGGCCUGAUGAAAGCUGGCUUUCAGUUUCAACAAGAGUAGUCAUUGUGUAUUUCACAACAUGAAGCCAAGGAAACUUUUUGAAUGGAGAUUUUUACUCUGCUUGUAAAAGCAAGAGCUCAUGUCGGUUACAUGUAUUACCUAAAGCUGUUUGAGAAGAUUUAGAACAAUAAUGAAAAUUAUUCAAUUUUCCACUGCUGCCAACUGAUGAACGAUUACCUUCCACCAAGCAGUGAGUGUUGUGUAGAGCUUCAACACGUUAUUACUUCAUGUUUCUGUGCACCACAGUUAAAUGUGAAUUAACAAUUAAACCAAUUUGAGAAAUGAAA